GACUUCCUCCGCAGCAUCCCCGCCAGGCUCCUCGUGAGCCACCUCUACGAGGACUGGAUGGGUGCCAUGGAGAGGCCAAGCCGGCAGGCAAAGGUGGAAGAACUGAAAGCGGUGGCCGAAAAGUUGCCUGCGGCAAAACUCCUCCUCCUCAAGCGGCUGCUCUCACUGCUCCAGCACAUCGGCCACAACGCCUCCACCAGCAGAAUGACCUCCCGAAACCUGGCCACCUGCCUGGGGCCAAGCCUGCUGAGCCCACCCAACGAGGACCUGCUGCCGCUGGAGGCUGCGCUGGAGGUGACUGCCAAG